GAACACCUCGCGCGCACCACCUCCGUUGCCAUUGCCAUGGCCGCGUCAUGAGGCCACCGCUCGCUGCGCCCGCGCCCGCGCAUACCACCACCACCACCACCGCGCCACUCCUCCUCUCCGCCUCGUCCGCCGCCUCUCCAUGCUUCCGCGCUGCCUCGUCGUCGGUGCCGUGCUCUUCCUUCUCCUGCACGCGGCGGUUGCGCAGGGGCAGCGGCCGCUCGCGCCGCAGGACGUCGCCGCGCUCUACGGCCUGCGCGCGUCGCUGGGCGUGCGCGCGCGAGACUGGCCGGCCAGGGCCGACCCCUGUGCCGCGUGGCUCGGCGUGGCCUGCCGCGCCGGCCGCGUCGCGGAGCUCCGACUCGCGGGGCUCCGACGCACCCGCGCCGGCGAACAACGCGCGGCCUUCGCCGUCGAGCCGCUGCGGGGGCUGACCGCGCUCGAGGCAUUCAACGCCUCGGGGUUCCCGCUCCCCGGCUGGAUCCCGGCGUGGUUCGGCCGCGGUCUGCUGCCGUCGCUCUCCGUCAUAGACCUGAGCUCCGCCCAGGUCAAUGGCGAGCUACCUGCUGAUCUCGGCAUGUCGUGUAACCUGACCACCCUUGUGCUCUCCGGUAACAGCCUCUCCGGCCGGAUUCCGGCGUCGCUGUUCCUCAUUUCUGGGCUCAGAUUUCUUGAUCUUUCUAGCAACAAUCUUACCGGCGAGCUGCCAAACGUGUCCUUCUCCGCCGGUGAAGGAACUGGAAUUUUGUUCAACGCUUCUGGUAAUUCGUUGUACGGUUCUAUCGGUGAUGCCAUUGGGUCCCUCAAGAGGAGGUUCAAGGUUGUUGAUGUGUCCAGCAAUUACUUUGGUCAGGUGGUUGGAACCGGAUUUGGGAAUGGGACCGAUGGAACAGUGGAUUUCGAGAUGAAUUGCUUGUCCGGCAUAGCAAGCCAGCGCAGCCGCGGGGAUUGCGAGGCGUUCUACAAGAGGAACGGGGUGAGGCUCGUGGAAGUACCCGAGUCAUCGUCACCAUUGGCGGAGCCACAGCCACCACAGGUGCCGCCGAUGCCGUCACCAGGCAAGAGAGGGGUCAAAUGGAAGUACAUAUUGGCUGGGGUCCUUGGAGGUGCUGCAAUCGUGGUGGUUCUUUCCCUUAUUGCGCUCGUGUUUUGCUUGAUGAGACGAAGAGGAAGGAGGAGACCGAGAGGAAGAGGCGGGGUGGAGCAGACUGAGGAGGGCAUUCGCUCUGGGCGUAGGAGUAGCAGUGUGAAUCCAGUCACCAUGUCACCCAUGGCAUCCCCGGGAGCCAGCGGUUCACCAAAGGGUUUUCCUACCAUCAUAGAUGGGUUCACCUAUGAGCAGUUGCACCAUGCUACAGGAGGUUUUGGGGAUGACAACCUCGUCAAGCAUGGGCAGUCCGGCGACAUUUACCAUGGCGUCCUGGAGAGCGGCUUCCAAGUUGUCAUAAAAAAGAUCGAUGUGAAGAGCAGUAAGAAGAGCCAGGGGGAGUUGGGCUUCCUUGCAAAGAAUUCCCAUGGGAGGAUUGUUCCACUGCUGGGCCAUUUGGCCAAGGACGGGGAUGAAUUGCUGGUCUACAAGUACAUGACGAAGGGAGACUUAACACAUGCACUGCACAAGAAUCCAGCAGAUGCUGAAGAUGGGUUGCGCUCAUUGGAUUGGAUAACAAGACUUAAGAUUGCCAUUGGUGUGGCUGAGGCCUUGUGCUUCCUUCAUGACGAGUGCAGUCCACCGUUGGUUCACAGAGAUAUCCAAGCAAGCAGUGUGCUUCUUGAUGACAAAUUUGAAGUGCGCCUUGGGAGUUUGAGUGAAAUAUGCCCUCAACAAAAUGAGGGAAGCCAGAGUUUCUUCUCUAGGAUCUUGAGAUCAUCGAAGUCCCUUGACAAGAACACAUCAGGUCCACCAGCUAGCUGCUCAUAUGACGUUUACUGUUUCGGCAAGGUGCUACUUGAGCUAAUCACUGGAAAUUUUGGUGCGAGUGGCUCAAAUGAUGCAGACUCAGAUGAGUGGUUGGCAGGCACAUUGGGUUACAUCGACGCCAAUGACAAGGAGAGUGUCUCAGGUAUCGUCGAUCCUUCCCUUGUUGUGGAUGAAGACCACCUAGAGGAAGUGUGGGCAGUGGCCAUUGUCGCAAAGACAUGCCUGAAUUCAAAGCCCUCUAGGCGUCCACUCGCUCGGUACAUCUUGAAAGCGCUGGAGAACCCUCUAAAGGUGGUGCGGGAGCGGGAAGAGCUCCGCUCCGAUUCAUCUCGUCUAAAGAGUACCUCUUCUCGAAGCUCUUGGCGUUCUGCUUUCCAUGGAAAAUCGUACCGCAGCUGGGAAGUUAUGCCAACAUCAGGGAAAGCACUCGCUCGCAAAAAUACUGCAAAGUUGCAAGGAACUGAAGGAAGUGACGGGGAGGAGGAGAAUGUAUUCUCGUUCAAGAGGGCUUCACGAGAGAUUUUCCCGGAUCCCGUAGAGUUGGAAGACAACGUUGUUGUGUAGGAGAACUGCAGGUUAGCAAUACUUUACAUGCACUGAGAUCAUCCCUCAGUUGUGUAUAAUUCAUCCUUUGGUGUGCAUCUUUCUGAUGCCUAUAGGUGAAAAACUGUGCAUACAGAGUAGGCCUUCUUUAACCUCUUUCCUUUCGUUUCUGUAAUGUGCACUGAGAAUAAAUGACGCACGGGUUCGUGGCCAUUGAAAUGCAAGCGACCCAUAUUUCCUGAUCGGACCCAA